CAUCGGCACAAUUUGUGGGCUCUCAUCGACGGUCUUAAGGGUCCCUUCGAGGUGGGUAAGCGCGGUGAGAAGGUGCAUUUCUUCCUCAGCACUGAUGGACUGCAUAGGGACGCCAUCUCGCCGCUCUGCUGAGAAUCAAAGGAUGCGGGAUCACCAUCUCUCAGUCUAGAGCGACGGGAAAUGUGUGUUGAAACAGGUCAGAGAUACUGAUCACUCGACUGUCGAUGUCUGUCAAGAAGCAGUCGCAAGAAAUAGGGUGCAACGCGUCGGCGGAUAUUGCGGCAGAAACUGACGGAUGUCGACGGCAAUUGCGGGGUUGUCCAACAGUUGCGAUAACCACGAACUCUGCAGAAAUAAGCAACAGCAAUAGACACCAAGGUAGGUGACUUGGAGGUCUCUGCAAUUUACCCUGCGUGCCCUGAAUCGGAUUAUCCGAAUGUCCAGCUUCGACGCGCGCACAUGUCAUCGUCGACUCCACAACAUAACAGAUUGCGCUCCCGCGUAGCCUGCGAGCCAUGCAGAGAGCGAAAGAGAAAGUGCGAUGGAGGAUUUCCAUGCAGCACUUGCGUGCGAUAUGCCUAUGAUUGCCAUUACCCGCAAUCUAGUCGAAAGAGAAAGGCCGCCGCAAUUUCCGACCGCGAACGAACCUCACCGAUGACUGAACACAGUCCUCCUUCUCCUACAGAUCAAGAAGCUCAGAAUCGCAUAGAGUCCCUGGAAGCGAAUUCUGGCUCGGCUUUUGUCAGGAAGAUGGCGCUGGGUAUAGAUCCUGCAAAUGCGCCUCGACUUCGCUUGUUCGCGUGGAAUGUCUUUCUGGGAUCUCGAAAGUCAAAUCAUACUCCGACAUCACGUUCCGUCAUCCAAAUCCUGUCCUGGCCCGAGAUGGAGGAGCUUGUGACCAUCUACUUUACGAAAGUCGAUCCUUGCUACGGGUUCGUAGAUCGCCGUUCUCUCGAGCGACGUAUACGGGCUCAUUGGACCAGCGACAGCACCGAGACCAGCUCGUUUGAGGCUGUGAUGUGCGGCGUGGCUGCUUUGGGUCUUCUCUUCUCUCGAAGGAAUGUCAUCGAUGCUGAACUGGACCUUGUAGAAACUGCAAAGCGGAUACUUGAGCAGUCAAUGUCUGUCCACCCUUCUCUCGAUAUUGUUACUGCCUGGGUACUGCGCGUAGCUUACAUGCGCAUGACUGCUCCAGCACAUGCCUCUUGGAUGUCUAGUUGCAUGUUGAUGCAUAGCCUUGAGGCUGCCGGAAUUCACUCAACUCACGUACUGAACUGGAGCGCUGAUGAGUCAGGACAGACGUUGACACCAGAGAUUCGGAAACGCAUUCUAGGUGUUUCACAACAUCUUAACAUAUGGAUGUCUUUUGAUAUCGGCCGCUCGAGGGUCCAUCUUCAGACUUUGGACUUUGAUUUGCCAGCCCCUCGUGAGGGUAGCUAUACCACGGAGAUCCUGGAACUUCUGCCGCAUUCGGAGAACCUCAAUCCGGACAAGAACGUGGAUGUGCUCGAUCUCAAAAACUCACUUUCCACUAUCGUUCAGAGACAGCAUACUGCGCCACCUUCUAUACUUGCUCAGUGCAAUCUGACGCUCUUGUUGUGCCGACGUUUGAGAACACUCAAUUUCCAUUUCCAAGGCAGUCUCCUCAAUCAGGUGCUGUCAGUCACCGCGCGUGGCAUUCAGGCUGCUCAAGAUUUGCUGGACGACUGUGCUCCUUGGCAUCAUGUGGUCAAUGUUCCCUUUCAGAUCAUCUGUAUCCUGCUUGCUCUAGAUACACCAGCUGCCAUUGCGCAGCUGACUGAUGGCGUCAAGACCUUGAGUAACAUUCAGCUGGUAUACCCGACAGAUGCCGCUAAGGAAGCGCUGAGUACAGCGUGUCUACUUAUUCAUUUGCACAGGAAGAGAAAGGAGGCAGAUCUCAGAACACUUUCGGACAUCGUGUCGACAUACUCGCCUUCCGUCUUAUUUGACCAGCAGUCUGCAACGCAACCUCAGCAUGUUACUGAUUGGAGCAGUAAUACUUGGCUCGAUACUUUGCCUGAAAUGCCUGAUCUCCAGACGUUUGACAUUGAUCGUUUCUUGAAUGGUAGCAGCGAGUGGAGUAUUCCUGGUGACUGGACACAAACUCUGUAAACACAUUUGAGGUUGUACGGCCGAUCGGAAGCAACGGCUGUUGCGGGCGUCGCGGGCCGUUUGACAACCUUUGACUAUAACCU